AAGAAAUCAAAGAAAUAAAGUUGUUGGUUAACGAGAACCCAAAAGAUUCAUCUAAACUACGAGAGCGAAGCCGAAGCGACGAGCUUCUACUUCCCUUCCGACGGAGUAUCGCCGCCGGUCGCCGUAGAUUUAAGAAACUUUGGUGCAAUUGAAUCAAAUCAGAAUGGGGUUUUUUGUGACAACCCUAAUUUUUGCCCUGAUCGGAGUUAUUGCGUCUCUCUGCACCAGAAUCUGCUUCAACAGAGGGCCUUCUACAAAUCUGUUCCACCUAACCUUAGUUAUUACUGCAACAGUAUGCUGCUGGAUGAUGUGGGCAAUUGUGUACCUUGCACAGAUGAAACCACUCAUUGUCCCAAUUUUGAGUGAAGGGGAAUAAAGUGCUAGUUAGAGAGGUAGAACAAUCAAUCCUCCCAGUACCCAAAUUCUUCUCCUUUCCUUUCAGAUUUGUACGUAAUUUCUUAUUGGUUGAGAACAACACUGGGUGGGUUUUGCAUAGUGUGUUCAGCCCAACCUGUUGUAACACCAACUAUUAAUGUCGUAUUCAUUUUGGAGAUCUAGUAGCAAGAGGAGCAUGGAGCUUGUACUUAAACACUCGAGGAAAUGCAGUUUGGUAUAUCAUAAAGAAGCCACUAUACUAGGGAUGUUUAAAUGCUAACUUAGGUCCCCAAAACUCUCUGCCCAUUCUAAGGCUUCAAUAAAUCCAUAUAUAUAGAUACAUUCUUUGCGGUUUGCUCUUA